AUCACCUAAGCGAUGGCUUGAAGUCACUCUCAUCAGCAACAAAGCAAAGCCACAGCAGCGGCACUGACGUAAACCAUCCACCACAUCACCGGAACCAUAAGGACCUGGAGACCGUAUCGUCUCCUCUUGAAGGACAUACCGGAUGGAAAUUUAGCGUUGGAGAAAGACUGGAAUCGUGCGUCCUGAUGAUGCUCGUACUCCAAUUUAUGCCAACAUUUGCAAUGCGUGUUAAAUGGAGACUUAUGACAAGAGAUGCUGCAGGGUGCCGCAUGAUGAUGAUAGGAUAGAGUAGAGCUUCUGGUGGUCGUAUUUUUGAGGUUUUCGGGGUGGAAUGGAAUAACGGAAUGGAUUUUGUGGUCGAUUUAAUGAACAAGCGUCACCAGAUUGAUCAUAUAUACACACGCGCACGAUGUCAGCCUGCUUAAGCCAUACAUACAAUUGAUGGGUGAAUGUAUGUGAAUUAUGUUACAGUAAUAACUCACAAUACAGGUAAAACUCACAAGGACUUAACUAACAGUGUCAUAGCUUAUACUCAGGACCAUCUCCAAAGUCAGGUUUUUAUUUGAAAUCACUGCAGUGAGAGGGCUCUUUAUGGUUGGCAUUUUUCAUGAUCAAUUAUAAUAUACAUAGUACAUAGUACAGUUAAUUAUAUAUAGCCUUGAUCCAGUGAAGGACAAUGACUCAUUUACAAGCAGGCCUCUCUCCAGAAACCCUGGAGAAAGCCAAGGUGGAGCUAAAGGAGAACCCCGACACUUUGCAUCAGGACAUCCAGGAGGUGAGGGACAUGAUCAUCACCCGUCCAGACAUUGGCUUUCUCAGGACAGACGACGCAUUCAUCCUGCGCUUUCUCAGAGCACGGAAAUUUAACCAUUUCGAGGCCUUCCGCCUCCUGGCCCAGUACUUUGAGUAUCGCCAACAGAACCUGGAUAUGUUCAAGAACUUGAAAGCCACCGAUCCGGGCAUUAAACAGGCUCUGAAGGAUGGAUUUCCCGGGGUUCUGUCGAAUUUGGAUAGGUACGGGAGGAAGAUACUGGUUCUAUUCGCAGCGAACUGGGAUCAGAGCAGGUACACUUUUGUGGAUAUUCUGCGAGCUAUCUUACUUUCUCUGGAGACAAUGAUAGAAGACCCUGAGCUACAAGUUAACGGAUUUGUCUUGAUCAUUGACUGGAGUAACUUCACUUUCAAGCAAGCUUCCAAGCUAACUCCAAGCAUGCUGAGAUUGGCUAUUGAGGGCCUACAGGAUAGCUUCCCAGCCAGGUUUGGAGGUAUUCAUUUUGUCAACCAACCUUGGUACAUUCAUGCUCUGUACACUGUCAUACGGCCUUUCCUGAAGGACAAAACAAGAAAAAGGAUCUUCAUGCAUGGAAACAAUCUGAACAGCUUGCACCAGCUGAUCUUGCCUGAGAUUUUGCCAUCUGAGCUGGGUGGCAUGCUGCCUCCUUACGACAUGGGCACCUGGGCCAGGACUUUGCUUGACCACGCAUAUGACGAGGAGACGGACUACUGCCCCGAGUCUUACACCUUAUCUGUCAAAGACCUGGAGAAAGAUCUGUCCCCUAAAACCAUGAAGAGGUCCCAGUCGGUCGUUGAACCUGGUGUCCUGAAACGACCAGAAAAAGUUAAAAGUGAAGAAGAGAACAUGCAGCCGCUACUUUCACUGGACUAAAGGUUCUUAAUUCCUCAGGCAACGAGGAAUCGUCAAGCCCGUACACUGAAGAGGGGCACCAUAUAUAUAUAUAUAUAUAUAUAUAUAUAUAUAUAUAUAUAGGCCUAUAUAUAAAUGUACAAAGAAUGGAAACAUUAAGAAGAGGAAGACAAGUGGAGAGAUGAACAGCUUCCAGGAACAUUGAGGAGAGCUGCCAUUUAAAGUGAUAUUUUUGAAGUUAAGAGCUAACGGCAAACGGCCGUAUGUAAUUGUCAAGUGCCAAUUAAAGUCUGUAAAUUCACUUCAGAUAUAGAUGUGAGAUUGAGGGAGUAAUUGUGACAUGAAGCUGUAAAGACUGCUGUGAAAUAUCCUGUGUUUGCUUCUUGUGAUUAUUAUGUAGAGCAUGGUAUGUAGGAUGGUAUUCAUGCUUAUAAAGAUUCACAAGCUUUGGGGUUUCUGGCAUUUAUAGUCCCCUAAUCAGGAGUUGCUCAGGAGUUUUUGAAGUGAGGGAGUAUUUGGAAAACAUAGAGUUGUUGACAGUGUUAGGUAGACAAAUGCUGCUUCAAUUAAAGGAAUAGCUCUCCCAAAAAUGUAGUCAUUAUUUACACAACCUCAUUAUUCCAAAUGUGUAUGCUGUAUGCUUUUUUCUGUAAAAGGCACAUUUUUUAGAUAAUUUUUUAAAUUAAAAAAUAAAAAACAAAGAAAUUACCCCCCCCCACAUCUAGUCCAUGUUCACACCUAGAUAUCAACUUUAUUGGCACUUUUAUGGUGUUGAAAGUCAUGGUUACUAUAAACUCUUGUUGUAUGGAAAGCGUAUAGAAACAUUUGUACAAUUUCAACUUUUGUGUUCCAGCUAAAAAUGUGAGUGGCCAUUCACAUUGAAUGUGUUUUUGCUUCAUCCGAGCUGUUUUUCAAUUGUUUUAUUUGUAAACAAGGAGUCUUUGACCAUUGCACCUCAUUUCACUUAUUAAUGCAUUUUGAACAGGAAUAUUGCGUUUAGCCUAUUUUUUAUAUUUACGCAUUUCAAUGUAAUACAUUUCCAUCAAACUGAAUUGUGUAAUCUUUAGCUAAAUUGAAUGAAUUAAACUUAAAGUAUGUAAGUUUACAUUUAAUAAAAUAUUACUUAAUUCAAUUAGAUGGAAAUUUGUCAUGAAAUGAAUUGUUAAAAAUGUCUCUAUAGACAACUGCAUUCUAUUCUGUCCUGUCCUUGGAGCUUUUUUAAGGACAAGGAUAUAUUUGGUGUGAAUGGCCCCUAAAGCCCUGUUCACCCUUUAAGCGACUUGCAGGCACAAAGCGACAUGAGACCAUUCAUUUUCAGUGAGAGCUUGCGACCUCAGGCAAUAGCGACUGUUGGUGACAGGAAUUUAACUUUAUGCAAAUGCUGAACGAUUACUACCAAUAGGAGUGAAGACACUGAAGCUCAUGUCAUCCGUCUGCUGUGAGAUACUGGAGUUGAAUUCAGGCAAGACAGAGAAGUGAUUCAUUACAUUUUUCUGAAACCAUAUACAUAGAUAUAAUAAUAUAUUAUAAAAAUGGUGCGUGAAAACCGUGUCAGAAAUUGUCAGCAUUGUGAGUGAGUUUGUUUCAUUUAUUGAUAGAUUGUUCAUCUGUUUCAUGAUCUGAUGGAUUGAGAACAGCUGCAGUAUAUAAAAACAUAUUCCCCUCCAGAAUGCUAAUUGAUUCCUUUUCAAAUAAGAAUGAUAUCUUAGUUUAGGCUGUAUUUAUGUAUGUAUUAUCAGAUUUUCUAUAGCUAUGGCCACUUGUGCAGCUGACCAAUAACAUUAUUGCAAUCAGUAGAAGGAUCUCAUACUAGCGUAUGUAUCAUAGACAGAUACAGAGACUAAAGCCUAAAGUGAAUGGGGCUUAACAGUGUACAGGUAUAGAAUGAUGUAAAGGUGAGAAAAUAAUAAUACAUAAAAAAAAUUUGGGUGAAAUAUUGCUUUAAAAAAAGCAGCAUCAUCUCUUCAGGUUUCAGUAUUUCACAGCAAAUACCCCUUUACACCGUGGCAAAGAAACAAUUUUUCUACUGAACAUUUGCUAACAUUAUUUUACCACCAUUUUAGAUGUGUUAUUGGAUUAGUUUUCUUAUAUCCCAAAGGGGUCGAUUCAUAUUUAGUACAUUGUUCACAGAGGGUCUUGUUUAUUCUUUAUUGUAGAUCAGAGGAAUAUUGCUUUAUGGCUAAAACAUCAACUUUAAACAUUAAGUUUAUUUCUAAGACAUCUAUGUUCAUUCCAAGGACCAGAACUCAACAGUAACGUCAAAGUAAUGUCCAAUCCAACGGCCAUGCCACUUUUCCAACUUCAAUGUCAUUGUUUUCAGGUCCUACCUGAUGUUGAAGUAUUAGUUUAAAUUGUUAUAUAACGUUAUAAUGUAAUACUAACACAGCGGUUUACAUAGAGCCAAAUGCAAAGGUGUUGUAUAGUGACACAUGCUAGAGCAUGCUUCCACAUCUUGGCCAGUUUAUGGUUUAGAUUGUGUAAAAAUAGAUUACCGGUAUUCAAAAGUGCUUUGUUUUAUGGAAUGCUGUUUUGUUAUUAGUCUCUUUGCCAACGGGAUUUUACAGUGGUUAAGUUUCAAGCCCAAAUUAGUGAAUUUAGAAUUUGUUUUCCGAUUUCGCCAAUUGAUUUCAGGGAAUUUGUUUCAUUUUUUGAAAAAUAAGGAAUAAGGUAAGGAAUGGGGGCAAUAUAUAGUUUAACUUAUCAGUUUCAUUAUGCUACAUUAGCAAAUAAUUACACAUAAUUACAUCCUUUCCAUUUUUGUCUUAUGAGACUUCAUGGACAAAUACACAAUGUGAGUGAUUGCAUUUGGACAAACUAUUUAUUUAAAGCCUCUUAACUGAGUUUAUCUGUUUUAGGCCAAACAAUCAAAGAUAAGAAUGAUUAUGGCUGUGUGUAGUUAUGUCACUAUUUUGUAUUAUACCAAAAAAAAAAUAUAUUUAAUGGGCACAGCAUCUAUACAGCAUAACCGUUUGGUCUAUUUGUAAUUUUAUUUUUUAUUUUCCCAAGUAUAUACACAUUUUUUCCUGAACAAACAUUUUUCUCUUUAGAAUAAACAGGUUAAUAGUCAAUGUUAUAAUUUUUCACAUUUUGUUAAACUUAAAAUCCAAUCUCCAGUUUUUUGUUAAUUACUCCUCCCUUGAAAAUGGCUAUUUUGAAUCUGAAUGUAUUCACCAAUGAGUAAUGUACUACUACUUAUUAGGUUCAGAGAAUGCCAUCAUGAAUAGCCAUUAUUACAUUUUCAAUGGUGAUCAGAUUUAUCAUCCAAAAGAACUGAAUAUUGCUUAUUUCAGAUGAUGGUAUAUAUUGAGCUGUUUCAGUACUUAUUUAGUAGAGCUGUGUUAUUGCCAUGAUCAGUAUUUAAAUACACCUUCUAAUUUGAAUGUCCUGUACAUGUUAUCGAUUAUGCUGCAUUAUAUAUAUAUAUAUAUAUAUAUAUAUAUAUAUAUAUAUAUAUAUAUAUAUAUAUAUACAUACAGCCUUUUUGUAUUUUAGGCAAUCGGAAUGCUGAUCAAAUUGUCUCCAUUUUUUCUAGCCUUGCUUUCUAUGGGUACAUAUUGCCACUACAACCAAAGCAGCCCAUAGUUCGAGGAAACCAAGAAUUAUCCCCUGCUUUUUUAAAAUUAAUAUUUCAGUAUGGUUACAUUUUAGUAUUUUUUGAGAAUUCAAGUUUUUUGAUUGUUGGCUAUCUUUACCAUAUCACUUUGAUUGUAUAAUAGGGUACUGGUGCUGAGAAGCCCAUGCAGCAUAGAGGUAUUAUUACAGAACACUACAUGUGGUUUAAAAUAACCUGUUUAAUGGAAGUAAAUAUGUGUAUAUAUGUCCUUUCAAAAUGCUGAAAUAAAUUAUGUAACUGAAACUAAACUGCAAGAAAAAAAGCAGCCAAUAAAUA